GAUCACUUUAUUGUUUGUCUCUGACGUUAUUAAACAUAAUUAAAGACAAAGGAAGUCAUGGAAAACAAUUCUGUUUAUAACAAAAUCAAAUUAUUUGUCACUGAUAAUCAUCCUAAGUUUGAAAAAUAAAAUAUUCUUCAACUUCACAAAAGGGUGAAAAAUUGAUCAAAUUCAAAUUUAAGCGCUAUUUGUGACGUCAAGAAACGGUAUAUCCCGAGAAAUUUUCGAUCACGAUCGGUGAUUCCAGUGUGGCGGGCGCAGCCAUAUUGAUAGUACGGAAAGUGUAAAAGAAUUUGUGUUGUAAGUGCUGUGAAAUUAAAUCUUAAAUCAUCCCAAAAUGUCCGAAAGAGAGGAUAAUGUAUACAAGGCAAAAUUAGCGGAACAAGCAGAACGAUACGAUGAAAUGGUGGAGGCGAUGAAGAAGGUAGCCAAACUGGACCUAGAACUGACCGUCGAAGAGAGGAACCUUCUUUCAGUAGCAUACAAGAAUGUGAUCGGUGCUAGACGAGCAUCGUGGCGCAUAAUAUCGUCCAUCGAACAAAAAGAAGAGACUAAAGGCACCGACGACAAACUGGAAAUGAUACGCCAGUACCGCUCCCAAGUAGAGAAAGAAUUAAGGGAUAUUUGCUCAGACAUCCUUAGCGUGUUAGAUAAACAUCUGAUACCUGCCGCAUCCUCGGGUGAAUCCAAGGUUUUCUAUUACAAAAUGAAGGGUGAUUACCACCGAUACCUGGCGGAAUUCGCGACGGGCAACGACCGCAAGGACGCCGCCGAACACUCGUUGGUCGCCUACAAAUCGGCGAGCGACAUCGCAAUGACGGAGCUGCCGCCCACGCAUCCCAUUCGGCUCGGCCUGGCGCUCAACUUCUCCGUCUUCUACUACGAGAUCCUCAACAGUCCGGACAGGGCGUGCCGCCUGGCAAAGGCCGCCUUCGACGACGCCAUCGCCGAACUGGACACCCUCUCCGAGGAGAGCUACAAGGACAGCACGCUCAUCAUGCAACUCUUGAGGGACAACCUCACCCUUUGGACGAGUGAUAUGCAAGGAGACGGAGAAGCGGAACCAAAAGAGCAGCUGCAGGACGUAGAAGACCAGGACGUAUCAUAACUUGGAAGCGUUGCUUGAGGCAAUAUCGAACUAUUGAGUGCUGUGUAGUGCAGGGCAUUGCCCAGACAUUGUGAAAGGGGGGCGGGGCAAGUGCCCAAAUGGCUUGCCCCAACCACCCUGGUACAUACUGUAUUAUUAUUAUUAUUACUAGCUGUAACAAUAUAUUCUGUAACUGUUUUGUCUCUCCCGAGUGAAUGCGAAAGAGUGAAUGGGACCAUUCCCCACGCCGAAUUGCGAGCGACCAAACAACCUCCGGCUACGACGAAUAACGCUCGUGCGUAUAUUGAUG